CAAUCUCAGAACUGUCAUUCUCAUUCGUAUCGUGAAUCGAUUUUAAAAUUUUGUUUAACAAUUUUAUUUCAGAAAUACUUUAUAAAUAAAUUGUACCAGCAUUUUAAUAUAAGCGUACGCUGACCUUUCAAUAGAAAAAAUACGUGCAGUAUUCAUCGGAAUAUCUAUCAAUCUUAAAAUAUUUUUUAACAUUAAUCAGGUCAGGAAACACAAUGGUUCGUCAAAGAAAUUCUCGCACAACCGAUGAAGCAGGUGAUGUUCAAGAACCCAUCGUUUCUUCCACCGUUGACAUUCCUUUCCCAACUAUCACGAAGCCAAGAGUAUGCAAUAUACGACAAGAACGUAUUGGACUCUUCUAUCCUCUCCCUAUAACAAACUAUCAACCCAUGGUCACUACUACUACUGAUAAGAACAUAACUACUUCAAAGUCUCUCUUUCUUGUGCUGAUAAUCUUUGUAUCUUCUGUGAUGACUUUGGCACUCGUUUAUACCCAAUUCCCAGAUUUAGAAGAACAUGAGAAACCUCAUGUAAAACUGCCAUGGGAUUUGGAAGAGGCUAAGCAACUGGGACUUGUAUUGGAUCGCUACAAAGACAAAUACUUUUAUGAAGUAAUGUUUGGAGUGUUUGUCAUUUAUAUUUUUUUGCAAACAUUUGCAAUACCUGGAUCAAUUUUCCUGAGUAUACUUUCAGGAUUUCUAUUCCCAUUUUAUUUAGCUCUUCUUUUAGUUUGUUGUUGCUCAGCAAUUGGAGCAAGUUUAUGUUUCUUUUUGUCUAAUUUACUUGGGAAGAAGCUUGUGAACAGAUAUUUUCCAGAAAGAGCAGCACAAUGGUCAAAAGCUGUUGAAAAGCACAAAAAUAACUUGCUGAACUAUAUUAUAUUUCUGAGAGUGACUCCAUUUUUGCCCAAUUGGUUUAUAAAUAUGACUGCACCUGUAAUAGGUGUGCCUCUCAUUCCAUUUACUCUAGGAACAUUUAUUGGAGUGGCACCUCCAUCAUUUGUUGCCAUCCAAGCUGGUCAAACACUGCACUCCCUGACAUCCACAAGUGAUGCUUGGUCAUGGACAUCAAUCAUCGUUCUUAGUGCCUUUGCAUUAAUAUCACUGAUCCCAGUAUUAUUAAAGAAUAAACUACAGGAAAAAUUUGAUUGAAUAUGAACUAGUAAUUUUUAGUUAAAUGUAUUUAAUAUUUAUUAAAUAAAUUU